CUUAAAAGUAGUGUGAUGGUAUCAACCAGUAUGUCUCGUUAGGUUUGAAUUGUAGUUUGUUUUAAUUUAGAUUAAGCUUUUAUUACGCUAAUAUUUAUCUACUUAAACGUGCGAAAUGUAUAAGUCUACGAUAUCUCAUAAUAAUCCAGAUUUCGUUAAUGAAAUAAUUUGUAAAACAAUGUAUUGACAACUACUUACAUGAUGUUUCAUCUAUGAAAUCAAUUUCCUUGUCGAAUCUAUCGUUUAAUAUCGUCGGCGUUUAAGUAACCGAUGAUCUUUUAAAAAUGGGUACAAAUGGACGAAGAAAUGAAAGCCGUAAUAGGGAAUGGUUGAUGAAUGGAUUCAGUCAAGAAAGUACUCCUGAUACUAUAAUAGAAAAUGGUAACUUUGGAUUCAGUGGUCACCAACCCGCUGGACCGAAUGAACUGUUUGCUGGAGAACAAAAUGAUACACCUUGGUGGAAAUCACAAUUCUUUGUUUCCGAACCUGUUUUAUUCGGAACUUUAGAUGGUGUUUUCACAUCUUGUUUGAUAAAUGUGUUCGGUGUCAUUGUCUUCCUAAGGUCUGGAUGGAUCGUCGGACAAGCUGGUGUAUUAAAUGCAAUUUUAAUGAUAAUGGCAACAGUUGGCGUUGCGUUGAUUACUGUGUUAUCUGCUGUUGGGAUAUGUGAACGUUGCAGAAUGGAGAGCGGCGGUGUAUACUUUUUGUUAGCUCAUGUUCUUGGACCUCGUUUAGGAACUGCUUUUGGUCUUCUUUACGUUUUUGGACAGGCUGUAGGAUGUUCACUAUUUGUGCUUGGCUUUGGUGAAUCUUUAGCUGGGCUGGUAGGUUUUGAAGGUGGAAAAUGGGCCCAACGUGGAUUUGCCAGCGCUGCGGUCCUUCUCUUAGCGGUUAUCAAUUUAGCCGGAGUAAAAUGGGUUGUAAAAUUGCAAUUCAUGCUGUUGGUGGUCCUCCUUCUUGCUGCAUUAGAUCUUCUCGUCGGUAGUUUUGUACAUACCGAUAUUAGAAGUGGUUUUACUGGAUGGUGGACUGGUCAACUGAGCGCAAACCUAUUCCCAGAUUACUUUGAUGGUUAUAAUUGGUUUACGGUUUUUGGUGUAUUUUUUCCGACAAUUACCGGAAUAUUGGCUGGAAUAAAUAUGAGUGGUGACCUGAGAAAUCCUGCUAAAGAUAUCCCUAACGGUACAUUGGGUGCCGUUAUCACAGUUACUGGUCUAUACCUGACUUUUGUGUUGGUAUUGGGAUCAACCUGUACCAGAGAAGCAUUAAAGACUGACUUUAUGAUAUCUGCCAAAGUUUCUGCUGUCCAGGUCCUACUUUUAUCUGGACUGUACGUUUCUUCGAUGUCUAGUUGCCUUGGAGCUAUGUAUGGAACUCCUAGAGUUUUGCAAUCGAUUGCAAAUGAGAAUGUUAUUCCGCAUAUUCAGUUUCUUGGAAAAGGGCGAGGACCAAACAAAGUUCCUGUGUACGCUUUAGUCGUCGUCGCCGUUGUGACAAUCAGUUUUAUUCUUGAUGGCGAUAUCAACUCUUUAGCACCGAUCGUAACUAUGCCAUUCUUGAUGAUGUAUUCUAUUGUUGACUAUGCUUACUUCGCUCUUGCCCAAACGUUCGAUAUACAGUCGCAGAGAGAACAGAGAUUCAAAUCAAAAGAAAGACAGCUUUCCGAAUCCUCACCGUCUCUCCAGCAAAGUGAUAUCAGUAAUGAUUUGGAUACCUUGUUUCCGGAGAGAAGUCAGCACAGGAUGUAUUCAGCAGUCUCUAAUACUCCAAGUCCAGAACAUGUAGCAACGGCGCCUCCGAGUUAUACAGUCCACAGAAAAACAACCAACUGGUACUCAAAAUGGUGUAAUAGAUGGCUCUCCUUAUUUGGGGCAUUUUUAAAGUUGGGUAUGAUGCUGCUCGUGCAUUGGGAGUACGCUCUGGCCAACGUUGGAGUGGUAUAUAUUAUCUGGUUAUACGUCGGGCUGACCAACCCCGCCGUCAAACCUGGAAUCGCCUCGGAAUUCAAAUUCUUCGCAUGGUUACACCGAGCCUUCCUUAGGUUAUGUGGGAGGCGUGGCUACGAUUAUGAAGAAAUUGUUGUUCCGCAUAGUCAUCCUGGCGUCUCCCUUUCACCAUGUCAACUUACGGAAGAGAAUGAAGACUUUUCAUCUCGCCAAAGGUUUCAUCAGACAGCUACCAUACGCCCGCUGUACGAUCACGAUGCCCAGACGAACCAGACAAAUAUUCAAGUGCUGAGAUAGCUGGAACUUUGCGACGAUCAUGAUAUUUCGUUUAAUCGAGCUAUAUUAGCUCACUAAAAAUUGGCUAUCCUGUAGAAUACUCUCGUAAUUCAUUAUGAUAAUACUAGUUAUAAAACGUUAUCCAUUUCGGUUUUUAUCGUAUUGAAUCUUAAUUAUUGAUCUGGAAACAAUAAGAUCUUGUAAGUAUGGCAUUACUUUGUUAUUAGUUUCUAAAGAUUACUCGAAAUUCCAGGCUUUAAAAAUGAUCAAAGAUGACUUCGACUAUGUUAUCUUUUAUGAAAUAAUAUAACUAAUUAAAUAGUUUUUAAAAUCCAAAAAGUCAGUUCUAAAAUAAUUAUUUUUUUUUUUUAUCGAAAACAAAAGUUACUUUUUAUUUAUAAAUUAUAUGAAUAAUUUGGGUUCAUCUUUUAUUUUUAUUUUUAGCUUCCAGAAAGUUUUUACUUUCAUUUACCAAUAUAUGAAAUACAAAGUAAGGGGAAGUAUUGGGAUCGAGCAAACUUUUGUAAUUUUUAUUAUAGAUAUUUUCUUCUUCUACGGUAACCCUAAUUAAGAAAAAUAUAUUUGAAUUUCCACUCAUUCCUUUACAAUAAAUUUAAAAUUA